AUGGAAGCACCGGGCAUGGAGGGCGUCGACAACGGCCAGCGGGCGGGAGAGGGCGCGCGGGAGGCGAAGCGCGCGGGCGACGACGGCGCGGGGAGCGGGCGCGGCGGGGGCGCGGGGGUCGCCGGGGACGAGCCGUGGGCGGGAGGCAACAGCGUGUUUGCGAUGCUGCGCGGUGCGUUCGACGACGGCGGCGCGAAGGGCAAGGAGAAGAAGGAGAAGAAAGAGAAGAAGGAGAAGAAGGAGAAGAAAGAGAAGAAGGAAAAGAAGGAGAAGAAAGACAAGAAAGAGAAGAGGGGAAAGGAGGUUGAGGGAGGUGGCGUUGGGGGUGCUCUGGAUCCACGCGGGGACGGCAGGGACCGGUCGCUGGCCGGGAGGGAGAGGGAGAGCGAGAGGGAGAGGGGCAGGGAGAGGGCGGGCGACGCGGUGCGGGACGACCGCGCGCGGCGGCGCAGCAGGACCCCCCCGCGGGACAGCCAGAGGGGUGGGGGGGAGUCUCGGCGGGACCGCAGGUCGCGGUCGCCGCGGCACGACGACAGGCGCUACCGCGAUAGGGAUCGGCACCAUCGACGGUGA